UAGCAUUGUGAGAGGAAGGAGCGUUUACUUUCACUUUGAUCCUCAUUCAUGGCUGAGAUGGCUCAACUUCAUCUGUUCCCCUUUUUCUGUGGAACGCCAUCAAAGCUAGCUUUUUUUCUCCUUCUUUCUAUCUUUCUUUCUCUUCCCGUCGGCCACCUUGCUGAAGAAGGCACGUUAGGCCGCCAUUGCUUGGAGAACCCACCAACUCUCAACUCCAGCUAUGGAGCUGGGUCAGUGAAAGAGAUCGGUGGCCUCAAGGCCUAUGUCAGUGGCCAUUCUCAUUCAAAGCGAGCAAUUUUACUCGUUUCUGAUGUUUAUGGCUAUGAAGCACCACAUUUGAGGAAAAUUGCUGACAAGGUUGCUCGAUCUGGAUUCUACACUGUGGUUCCUGACUUCUUUUAUGGAGAUCCCUUUGUGGCAAAUACUUCUAGAACAGUUCAAGACUGGUUAAAAACUCAUGGAACAGACAAAGGAUUUGAAGAUUCUAAACCAUUAAUUGCUGCUCUGAGAGAGAAAGGCAUACGUGCAGUUGGAGCAGCAGGGUUUUGCUGGGGUGGCAACGUGGUUACAAAAAUAGCAAAGACGGAUUUGAUUAAAGCUGCAGUGUUGUUACACCCUUCAUGGGUCACCCUGGAUGAUAUUAAGGCCGUCAAGGUUCCAAUUGCCAUACUGGCUGCUGAAUUAGACAAUGGCACCCCACCCAAACUCCUCGAAGAGUUCAAGUCAGUUUUGUCCCAACAUAAGGUUAAAAACUUUAUCAAAAUAUAUCCAAAGGUUAAGCAUGGAUGGACAGUCAGGUACAACGAUAGUGAUGCGACAGCCGUAAAGGCUGCCAAUGAAUCCCAUAAAGACAUGUUGCGUUGGUUAACCAAGUACGUCAAGAAAACAUGAUGAUCCUCGCAAUUGGGAAGCACUAAAAUCCUAUUUGUGCCUUCAAAAUUAUUAAAAUAGAGUGUAUUGUUGUAUGAUCCUCAAAAUCUUCUAUUUUUUGAGGCCAAGAAUAAAUCUUAACAAGAUCAUUGUAGUUUUCUUAAUAAAAGACAAAAAUAAAUAAAUCGUGUGCCCUUUCUUUUA